UUUGGCGCGAGCGCGCAGCCCACGCGGGCAGGGUCCCGGGCAGGCGCCGCGGGCGGGGCGGGGGGCCGGGCGGCCGCGAUCCGGAAGCCUCGCGGGCCAUGUGUGUUUCAUCAAACGGACUCUGGGCGCGUCGCGUCUCGCAGCCAUCAGCGCGAUGUGCGGUGACAUCUCUGACUUGAGCGGUGGAAUGCGCGAAGGAAGCCCGGGCGAGCUCGGCGCUGGAGGAGCUUCUUGGCGCCAGUACUAAUUGUCCUGAUUUAUGCCCCUUCUGACCAAGCUCAGCGUCUCCAUCCGAAAUAAAAUGAAAGCUGUGCCAAGCGGGAUAGAACCGCCUGGACGCCGGCUCUGAUCCCCGGGAAUCAGAAAAGCGUCCUGCGGCUAAAAAAAAAAAAAAAGGAAAAAGAAAAAGAAAAAAGAAGAAAAAAAAAAGGAAGAAAGAAAGAAAAAGAAAAAGAAAAAAAGAGAAUAGAAAUAGAAAGAAGGAAACGACCCCUCAGUAAAAGUUUAAGGCGAGAAGUGGAAGCGGCCGCGGCGCGGGGAGGCGCGGGGAGACCUCCGGGGGCCGCGAUCUCGUUACUAACGUCGCCGUGUUUUGGAGGGAGAGGCCCCUUUCUCAUCCUGCCUUCCUCUCCGCCCACCCCUGCUCCCUCCCCCUCGUCUACCUGUCAAAGUCACUGAUCUUUUGCAUUUCGGAAGAGGACGUCAACGGGAGGAAUUCCCCUCCUCGAGCCGGCUCCGAGAGGGGGCGGCGUGCGGGCGGCUGUCCCCGGGGGGCCGGGGCGAAGGGUGUUGGUGCCAGAAGAAAAGAAUGAUUGAUGGGAAACACACACCGGGCUACAGACACUCAUCCUUUUGCUUCAGAUACUGAUAUCUCAGCGUGCCCGAGCAGCCCCUGUGAGCUGAGCACAUUGAGGAUCACUCAGGGUUAUCGGAUGUACAAUGGGAGAGCCAUCACUUCGCUAAAUUAUUCUCUGCAACUGGACAUCUUUUACAAAAACCAAACUACACCCGAGUCUAUUUAAUAGAUAUGUUCUAGGACAAAGAAAGAGCUGCAAGCAGUUGUUACCGCCUAACACCCAAGUAUGUUAGGCUUCCACCAAAGUCCUCGAUAUACCUGAACGCGCACAAUAUUCCAACCCUUCGCAUUUGGUUUUGGAAUCUGCUUUGAGGUCCCAUCCUGUUUUUUGUUUUUGAAAUACAGACCUACCUACAUAUAGACAUAUAUAUAUGUAUCUGUAAAAUAGAAACAGAUCACAAAGCAAACUGCUUUAGCUUCUGCGAAGAUUACAAAGCAUUUAGAGAUGUAUUUGUCAAGAUUCCUCUCGAUUCAUGCCCUUUGGGUUACAGUUUCCUCAGUGCUGCAGCCCUCCCCUUUGGUGUGGGGACAUUAUGAUGUGUGUAAGACUCAGAUUUACACAGAAGAAGGGAAAGUUUGGGAUUACAUGGCCUGUCAGCCGGAGUCCACGGACAUGACAAAAUAUCUCAAAGUGAAACUGGAUCCUCCGGAUAUUACCUGUGGAGACCCUCCUGAGACAUUCUGUGCAAUGGGCAACCCCUACAUGUGCAAUAACGAGUGUGAUGCAAGUACCCCUGAGCUGGCUCACCCCCCUGAGCUGAUGUUUGAUUUUGAAGGAAGACAUCCCUCCACAUUUUGGCAGUCUGCCACUUGGAAGGAGUAUCCCAAGCCUCUCCAGGUUAACAUCACUCUGUCUUGGAGCAAAACCAUUGAGCUCACAGACAACAUAGUUAUUACCUUUGAAUCGGGGCGUCCAGACCAAAUGAUCCUGGAGAAGUCUCUCGAUUAUGGACGAACAUGGCAGCCCUAUCAGUACUAUGCCACAGACUGCUUAGAUGCUUUUCACAUGGAUCCUAAAUCCGUGAAGGAUUUAUCACAACACACGGUCUUAGAAAUAAUUUGCACGGAAGAGUAUUCCACAGGGUAUACAACAAAUAGCAAAAUAAUACACUUUGAAAUCAAAGACAGGUUCGCGUUUUUUGCUGGACCUCGGCUACGCAAUAUGGCUUCCCUCUACGGACAGCUGGAUACAACCAAGAAACUCAGAGAUUUCUUUACAGUCACAGACCUGAGGAUAAGGCUGUUAAGACCAGCUGUUGGGGAAAUAUUUGUAGAUGAGCUGCACUUGGCACGCUACUUUUACGCGAUCUCAGACAUAAAGGUGCGAGGAAGGUGCAAGUGUAAUCUCCAUGCCACUGUGUGUGUGUAUGACAACAGCAAAUUGACAUGUGAAUGUGAGCACAACACUACGGGUCCAGACUGUGGGAAAUGCAAGAAGAAUUAUCAGGGCCGACCUUGGAGUCCAGGCUCGUAUCUCCCCAUCCCCAAAGGCACUGCAAAUACCUGUAUCCCCAGUAUUUCCAGUAUUGGUAAUCCUCCAAAGUUUAAUAGGAUAUGGCCGAAUAUUUCUUCCCUUGAGGUUUCUAACCCAAAACAAGUUGCUCCCAAAUUAGCUUUGUCAACAGUUUCUUCUGUUCAAGUUGCAAACCACAAGAGAGAUUGUGAAUGCUUCGGCCACUCCAAUCGGUGCAGUUAUAUCGAUCUGCUAAAUACAGUCAUUUGCGUGAGCUGUAAACACAACACUAGAGGGCAGCACUGUGAGUUAUGCAGGCUGGGCUACUUCAGAAAUGCUUCUGCACAGCUGGACGAUGAGAAUGUGUGCAUAGAGUGUUAUUGUAACCCUUUGGGCUCAAUCCAUGAUCGUUGUAAUGGCUCAGGAUUUUGUGAGUGUAAGACUGGAACGACAGGGCCUAAGUGUGAUGAGUGUCUGCCGGGAAAUUCCUGGCACUACGGCUGUCAACCGAAUGUCUGCGACAACGAGCUCCUGCACUGCCAGAACGGAGGGACGUGCCACAACAACGCGCGCUGCCUGUGCCCGGCCGCGUACACGGGCAUCCUCUGCGAGAAGCUGCGGUGCGAGGAGGCGGGCAGCUGCGGCUCCGGCGCGGGCCAGGGCGCGGCCCCGCACGGCUGCCCCGCGCUGCUGCUGCUGCCCGCGCUGCUGGGGACAGCCAGCGCCCUGGGGCUCUAGGCUUCGCGUCCAGCCACCGGACAGGCCCGUGCCGUGGGGAAGCAAACACCACCCGAGCAUUUGCAACUCACAUAGGAAACACACACACACACACAGAGACAGCCCCACUCAAACAGUGUACAAACUAAGAAGGCCUAACCGAACUAAGCCAUAUUUAUCAGCCGUGGACAGCACAUCCGAGUCAAGACUGUUAAUUUUCUGACUCCAGAGGAGUUGGCAGCUGUUGAUAUUAUCACUGCAAAUCACAUGGCCAGCUGCAGAGCAUAUUGUGGACUGGAAAGGCUGUGACAGCCCCCCCCAAACAGGAAAGACAAAAAAAAAACAAACAAAUCAACCAACCUAAAAACAUUUGCUACUCUAAGUGGUGCACCCUCGUACCACUCUGCCCAGUGUGUGGACCAACCAAAUAGCAUUCUUUGCUGUCAGGUGCAUUGUGGGCAUAAGGAAACCCGUUACAAGCUGCCAUAUUGGCCUGCUUCAGCCCCUGAACCCCUUCCAACCUGUGCUUUAGUGAACGUUGCUCUGUAACCCUUGUUGGUUGAAAGAUUUCUUUGUCUGAUGUUAGUGAUGCACAUGUGUAACAGCCCCUCCAAAAGUGCAAGCCAGUCAUACCCCUGUAUAUCUUAGCAGCACUGAGCCCUCCCAGUGCGAGCAACACACCCACUAUACAAGAGUGGCUAUAGGAAAAAAAGAAAGUGUAUCUAUCCUUUUGUAUUCAAAUGAAGUUAUUUUUCUUGAAAUACUGUAAUAUGUAGAUUUUUUGUAUUAUUGCCAAUUUGUGUUACCAGACAAUCUGUUAAUGUAUCUAAUUCAAAUCAGCAAAGACUGACAUUUUAUUUUGUCCUCUUUUUGUUCUGUUUUGUUUCAUUGUGCAGAGAUUUCUCUGUAAGGGCAACGAACGUGCUGGCAUCAAAGAAUAUCAGUUUACAUAUAUAACAAGUGUAAUAAGAUUCCACCAAAGGACAUUCUAAAUGUUUUCUUGUUGCUUUAACACUGGAAGAUUUAAAGAAUAAAAAUUCCUGCAUAAACGAUUUCAGGAAUUUGUAUUGCAAUUUCUUAAGAUGAAAGGAGCAGCCACCAAGCAGUUUCACACUCACUUUACUGAUUUCGGUGUGGACUGAAUACAUUCAGCUGACGAAUUUAGUACCCAGGAAGAUGGAUUGAUGUUCACUAGCUUGGACAACUUCUGCAAAAUAUGAGACUAUUUCUACUUGGGAAAAAUUACAACAG